AUGUCUGCAGAGGUAUGCCCCAUGGAUGUGUUGCUAACUGUGAGAAAGCUUUUCCAGGAGGUAGGAUGGGCAGAGUCUCAGGGCGACCAACGGUUCCAAACUACUUCAGCUGGAAGAUUCGCGAAAGGAAUGGAUGUGGUUGUUAGCUUCCCGGCUGCCUAUGGCGAUGCGUGGGGAGAGCUUGUCCGGAUUUCAGAGCUCCUGGGUCCUGCAGGUUUUGCAGCUACUGGCCACUGGUUCCCGGAGGACGCUGAGGGCUAUGGAAUACAUGACUAUGACGCAGCUGGGAAAUGUCAUUGCCACCAUCUCUAUGGAAAGCAGCAGGACUGGGGAUGCCGAUGGUACACCAUGACGCAGAACAAAAUUCGGCUGGCACACCAGAAGGGCUGCAAUCUUAUCUUCGUAACAAAGAUUGACGGCUCCAUUGGAGCAACGCAGAGACAGGAGUCCUCAUUCUUAGCAAGUCAGGGGAUGAGAGUCCGCAUCGUGGCCAUGGACGAGUUCGCUGUAGAGAUGACCGCCAAGCAGUAUGGACUUGCAGAUGAUGCUCGUCAGAUUUUCGACAUGAACCCUAGUGACAAGAUCGACUUUCUCGGCUCUUCGGACAAGGGCUUCGAGCUAGCAAAUGUUGCAAUCGUGAGUUAUCCAGGCGUGCAUGGGCAUGGAUGGAACCAACUGACAAAAGGUUCCCUCAAAGAGGGAAGCAUGAUUGCCACAAGUUGCGUGUUUCUGCCUACAGAAGCAUCUCCAGGCUAUGGAGAGCAUGCUGCGCACCAAGAGUCAGGUCAAGGAUUCUUCCUUCACCGCGAUGGGUGUCACUGCGACCAUCUUUAUCCCUAUCCGCAGUAUAGGACCAGGCCAAAGUGGGGCUGCCGCUGGUUCGAGAUGUGGAUGGACAGAACCCGUGUGGCUCAUCACCAUUGCUGCCUCAUCGUUGUGACCAAGCAAGAUGGUAGCCUUGGCAAGUCGCAAGAGGGGGAGGUGGCCUUCUUGGAGAGAGAGAACAUGGCCUAUGAAAGAGUCAAAAUCUCUGAGUUUGCCCUCAUGAUCCUCAUGGGAAAGUGA